CAGCGAGCGACUAGCAUAGAGACAGCGAGCGACUAGCAUAGAGACAGCGAGCGACUAGAAUAGAACAGAUCUGUUCGACGUAAUAAGCAUAGAGAUUCAGGAUUUCCGUUUUGUCGUCAGAAACGCGUGCGAUUUAUUAUCCUAUUUCACACAAAUUCAACCACGAGAGAGGACAUUAGCGUUGACCUCCUCGCUACACGGAACAGACAACAAAACUAAAUUUUUUGUUUUCCCCCUCCACCGAACAAUUAAACAGACCUAGGGAGGGGAAUUAAGAUAUUAAAAAGGUGAGCCAAGCUUAGUGAGGACAGUACGACGAAAUCGAGCGAGCCGUCAAGUACACAUACAAAAUGAAAAUCAACCAGGAGCUAAAAAUUUGGCUGGAAAACUGGGAGCCGUCUAAAGAACAACUACCCGAGCAACGAGAACAUUACCCAAGUCGGUUUUGGCCCGACAUGUUAAGGGCAAACACGGCACAGGCGAAGCAACCAAAUGAACAAGUCACAAAUCAAGCGCCGAGACAACAUAUCAAAGAUCGGAAACAAGGGUAUAAAAGAGACAAAACCACAGCCCGAGACAACAGUCCGCAACCAUGGAUAUAAACGAGACAAUCGACAACCUGUUAACGACUUGGAACGAAGCAGAGGCCCAGGCCCUUUGGGAUUCACUAGUUACGACCGAGGACACGAACCAUAAUCACGGGAAACAAGGCCAAAUGACGACAAGAAAGCUGCCACCAAGGAAAAGACCACUAUCGGAUAGGCUAAUCAACAAACCAAAGCGAAAACCAGCCAUCGCCUACCUAAAAACUCCGCCAACAGCCAGGAUAGCAGAGAAAAAAUUACAAGCGCUGAUGAACCAGGAGCAGCAACCAACGAAGAGACAUCGACCACACAUCAGGCCAUUUACGUGGGGCACACAACAAACACCGAAUACGGCAUCAAUGACCAUCAAACCACAAACACCCCAACCACCACCAACAACGGACAACAGCAGGCAGGCACAACCGGACCAAUCCCGGACACGACCAGCGGUGAAAAUCCUCGCGGACAAACGGGUAACACAAAGAAUUUGCAUAAAAAUCCCGACACGAAAACGCUAUCGAGAGAGAUUGAUUGGAGAGCUCCUCUGAGACGCUCAACCGACCAGAGCUCGAAACCUCCCAGAGAUCCUAAACCAUCCCGCCGACCGAAGUGGAUACGCAACGUCGGCAUCCUAUCCACGCACCGUUCCGUCGACCGAAGUGGAUACGCGAUGUCGGCCUCCUACCAGAACACCGUCCCGUCGACCGAAGUGGAUACGUGACGUCGACAUUCUCGUCCUGAACCGUUCUGCCGACCGAAGUGGAUACGCGACGUCGACAUCCUUGUCCUCACACCACACCGCUAGCGCAUAACGUCGCGAACACUUACAAGUCACGAGAUAUCCCGUGACAAAGAUCUCUUCGAAACCGGUCCGGUUAAAAGCUGGUGUCAACAAUAAGCUUAAGGCCGCCGAGUCAACGAACUCAUACGACGGGCGAUAGAACAUCGGGAAACAAUACCGGCCGCGUCCCGCCGGACGCCCGUACGCCUAGACGCUCGCAGCUGAUUCCGCGACGACAAUAUCGGCUCCCGACGAGAGCAAAAACGCGACCACACACCA